ACUUCAUUGAGUGUCUAAGGGGCGGAACUCUUUAAAAUGUGAACCCAUACAACAGCGCAGCAAAGAAGUUCAACUUUCUUGCUGAGUUUCAAAGUUGCAGGUGCAUCAUACGGAGAGCUAUGGGGGAUCCAUUUGGUAAAGAAGACAUAAAUACAUUUAAAGAAUUGCUGCAAUCCAAUGUCCCCGCAGCAGUUGCAAAGAUCAAGGCUUAUUUGGAAGAGCGGGAUAACAUUCCACUAAACAUCGCCAUCACAGGAGAGGGUGGCUCUGGUAAAUCCACCUUUGUUAACGCCUUUAGAGGCUUAGACAAGAAGGAUAAGAGUGAUGCAGCAGCCCCUACUGGUUGUGUAGAAACCACCAUGGAGGUCAAAUCAUACCCCCAUCCAAACUUUCCCAAUGUUACACUGUGGGAUCUUCCUGGUAUUGGCACCACCAAUUUUCCAGCUGCCAAGUACCUGGAGCGUGUUGGCUUUGAAAGAUUUGACUUCUUCAUCAUCAUCUCAGCUGAUCGCUUCAGAGAAAAUGAUGGGAAACUUGCUCUGGAGAUCCAGAAGAUGAAGAAGAAGUUCUACUUUGUUCGCUCAAAGAUUGAUGAGAACAUGCGGGCAGAGGAACAAAUUCAGAGAGAGUUCAAUGCAGAAAAGACUCUUUCAAUCAUAAGAGAAAACUGCGUUGAUGGUCUUCUAAAACUCAAGAUUGAGUCUCCACAAGUCUUCCUGGUGUCCAGCUUUGAUCUCCACCUGUAUGACUUCCACCUGUUAACAAAGACCCUGGAGAGAGAACUUCCUGCACACAAGAUGAGAGCUAUGGGGGAUCCAUUUGGUAAAGAAGACAUAAAUACAUUUAAAGAAUUGCUGCAAUCCAAUGUCCCCGCAGCAGUUGCAAAGAUCAAGACUUAUUUGGAAGAGCGGGAUAACAUUCAACUAAACAUCGCCAUCACAGGAGAGGAUGGCUCUGGUAAAUCCACCUUUGUUAACGCCUUUAGAGGCUUACACAAGAAGGAUAAGAGUGAUGCAGCAGCCCCUACUGGUUGUGUAGAAACCACCAUGGAGGUCAAAUCAUACCCCCAUCCAAACUUUCCCAAUGUUACACUGUGGGAUCUUCCUGGUAUUGGCACCACCAAUUUUCCAGCUGCCAAGUACCUGGAGCAGGUUGGCUUUGAAAGAUUUGACUUCUUCAUCAUCAUCUCAGCUGAUCGCUUCAGAGAAAAUGAUGUGAAACUUGCUCUGGAGAUCCAGAAGAUGAAGAAGAAGUUCUACUUUGUUCGCUCAAAGAUUGACCAGAACAUGCGGGAUGAAGAAGAAACUCAGAGCGAGUUCAAUGCAGAAAAGACUCUUUCAAUCAUAAGAGAAAACUGCGUUGAUGGUCUUCUAAAACACAAGAUUGAGUCUCCACAAGUCUUCCUGGUGUCCAGCUUUGAUCUCCACCUGUAUGACUUCCACCUGUUAACAAAGACCCUGGAGAGAGAGCUUCCUGAACACAAGAGAGACACUCUGCUGUUAGCCAUGCCCAAUGUUCAUUUUGAGAUCAUCUGCAAGAAGAAAGAAGCUCUCAAGGCAAAAAUAAAGUACCUUGCUUCUUUAUCUGCACUCACAGCAGCUGUACCAGUUCCUUGGAUCUCUUUUGCAGUUGAUAUAGCCAUUCUGGUUGAAGCCACCAAUGAGUACAAACAUACUUUUGGUCUUGAUAGCAAGUCAAUGGAAAAUCUUGCUCUUAAAUCAGGUGUGCCUUUGACUGAUCUCAGAGCAGUGACGACCUCAAAACUGUCCGUAAAUGUAAUAAACAAAGAGCUCAUUAUGAAACUGCUGGUACUGUCAGGGUUUCAAGUUGCUUCACUGGUAGCAGAGGAAGUGUCCAGAUUGAUUCCAUUAAUAGGAAUACCAGUAACAAUGACCUUAUCUUUUACCCGCACCUACAAAGCUCUCAAGGAUUUCCUCAACAUGCUCGCUGAGGAUGCUGAGAGGGUAUUCAUAAAGGCCCUGGGUUCAAACAGCUCUGGUUGAUGAUAUUUUAAAGUGAACAGCAAUGGCACUUAAUGUCACAUAUAAAACUGCAUUCUACUCAAGACAUUUUGUAAUAAUUGUGUGAGGGGAUUGCAUUGCAUUGUAUUUUUAAAAAAUCAAGCAAAUAAUAAUCUUGUAUCCUAGCUGAACAAUAAAAUAUAAGUUUUGUAGUUGAUCAUUCCAUCCAAUGGCCUCAUUGUAGGUUGUGUUUAACUGAUAUUAAUGCAUAUGUAGUGACAAAUCUUGUAUAGCUUGAAAGCACAUUAAAACAUGCCCUGGUAUCCUUUCAAUACAAAAACAUUUACUUUAUUGUAUAAGACUGUUUAAUGCAAAACACUGUAGAAUUACUUUUGUGGUUUAAAAAAAAACUCUUUCUUAAAUAAAAACUUGGAAAUGUAUCGUA